AUGUCUCCUCUUGAGCCACCGUCUUCCAUCUUCCAUCGCAAUCCGGUGCACAAAUACCCAGCGGCCAGCUCGGGCGAUGGCAUUUACAUUACCGCCAAAGAUGGAUCCAAGACCCUCGACGGCAGCAGCGGAGCAGCAGUAUCCUGCCUGGGACACGGUCACCCUGCUGUAAUCGAUGCCAUCGUCCAGCAAGCCAGGCAGAUGGCCUUCGCCCACACCUCCUUCUUCACCAGCGGUCCGGCCGAAGAGCUUGCGGCACUGCUAGUAGCCUCGGGCGGCGAGGAUGCGUUCAAGAAAUGCAUGUUCGUUAGUUCCGGCUCGGAGGCGGUAGAGUCGGCACUCAAAGUCGCUCGUCAAUACCACAUUGCGAACGGCAAGCCCAACCGUGUCAACAUCAUCUCGCGACGUCACUCGUACCAUGGCAACACUUUGGGCGCAAUGGCGGCCGGCUGGAAUCCGUCACGCAGAGAGCCAUUCGCGCCUAUGCUAUCGCCUGUUUUCCACCAUGUCUCGCCCUUUUUCUACUCGCGUGAUGGCCGGCCUGACGAGUCUGCAGACGGCUACUGCCAACGCAUGAUCGACGAAUUCGACGAAAUGUUCGCUUCUCUCGGUCCGAACACUGUCGCCGCGGUCAUGGUCGAGACUGCUUCGGGUGCGACGUUGGGUGCUGUCCCUGCGACCUCACAAUACCUUCGAAGGCUGCGAAAUCUCUGCCACAAACAUGGCGCCUUGCUUAUCCUGGACGAGGUCAUGUGCGGUAUGGGUCGAUUGGGUAGAACGCAUGCCUGGCAGGCCAUUGGAGGCUCUUCACCUGACAUCCAAACUAUUGGGAAAGGCCUUGGUGCAGGCUACCAGCCCAUUUCCGCCGUGCUGGUGUCUCCAAGUGUGCACAAUGCUAUUGAAAAUGCGCAUGGCGAGCACCCGUUCGUCACCGGACACACAUACCAGGGUCAUUCGAUCGGCUGUGCGGCUGCUCUCGCUACUCAAAAGUACAUCGAGGAGCAGCAUUUACUACAGAACGUCCAGCGAAACGGAGAAUUGUUGACAAAGGAGCUCGCUUCUGCUGUCCCAGGGCUGAAGGAGGUUAGAGGAAGUGGCAUGUUCCAGGCUGUUGAGUUUCAGUCCACACCAGACGAUCCGAUUGCCGCCAAAGUCGCCAAAGCGUGCAUGAAGAAUGGGUUGGCCGUUUAUCUGUGCUCUCCUCUGGUGGAUGCUGUCCUAUUUGCACCACCAUUCAUCAUCACGGAGUGCGAGAUUCAGUUGAUGGUGUCAAUAUUUGUCCGAUCAGUCACAGAAGUGGUGGUAGGGUAG